UCAUAAAAGGGCCAAGUUUGAAGACCGCUUCAGUAAAGGGUAUAGUUUUAAUCCAUGGCUAUGUAGAAAACACAAGGAAAUCAUGUUCUCCCUAACGUUUUAUUGCUUGUUAGCUGCAAAAUGGAAGAGAAAAGGGUGAUGCAGGUCUGCCAAGUCUACUGUCGUCUUCCAGAUGUUCCCAAUAAGACACUCAUGUCCUGUUUUCUUAAAGCUGAAGAUGCAGUAUUUACCCUUCAUAACAUAUUAUGCUGGUAGUAGUUUAAAAAAUAUUGUAGGAAAAAUAUUUGUAGUCAUAAAUAAUAGUAAUUAAAUAAUAUUUCAAGUUAAUUUGCUAUUUCUAGUAUUUGAAGCAUAUGAGAUUUAUGAUACGUGACAAAAGGAUAGCUUUUGUGUUAGUAAAAUUAAAUUAGCAAAAUUGGGGCCAAAUACGAUUGGUUCAGUUCCAUAAGGCAUAUAUCAACAGUAUCAUUUAUGAGAUCAUGAGUGAGUAUACAGAGCAAUUCCUUCCAUGGCUUCCCACCAUUUUGAGAUAGGUGAUAUAUAAAAACUAUAACAUUCAGUAUAGACUCAGGAUAAUGAAAGGAAAAAUAAAGAAAUGUUCAGAUGUUUUCUCAGCCUCCAGCAAAAAAUACUGGCUGUGUACAUAGAGCUGAUUCCACCACCUCCAGUCUAGUCCCCCAAAAUAUUAAAUAUUUAAGUAAAUAUCUAAAUAUUAAAUGUUCCAUUAUCAAAAUGUUUGUCUGCCAUAAACUAGAGUUCAGUAAGAGUAUGAGUGGCUCUUUUUAAAAAGCAUUGGCUAGUGUGACAAAUUCAAAAGCAGAUCCAUUCCAGAAUGAAAAUUGGCUGAAAUCACUUUGGCAUUUCAAAGCUGCAAUGCCACUCAGUCAUUACUGCAUUAAUGCAUUGUGUCAUGUAUUUCUAUAGUGAUACAAAUUUAAAUACAUGAAUGAAAUACUUACGAAUCUACAUUUAUUUUUGUAAUACAUUAAUUAGCUUCAACUGGAGUAAUUUCCCCAUUUUCUGCUAUUUUAAAGGCAGCCAACAAUACUCUUCUUUCAGAUUUACUUUUAGAGUUGCUGAAGUGUGAUUUCUUACAAUAUUAAUUAAAACAGAAAUCCACAAGGUUGCCAUGCCACCUGAAUUAAUUAGAUUCAAAUAUGGGUGUAGUUCUUAUCCUCCAAGGAGUUUCACAGACCUAUUCUAACAACACAAGUAGAAGCUGUUGGGGAAGGGACAUUGCAAGGAAUGGGUGGGUAAUCGGGAUCUGCUUCCCAUUACUCCAUGCAGAGUGAAUUGUUUUCUUUUUUAAUACAUAUUUCAGGAAUGAGUUACAAGAUGGGAAAUGGAGAGGCUUUUGUGUGCUGCAGUGUUUUAGCCUAUUUUCUUGCAUUCCACUUUUGAAGGGAGAGAUGAAGGCAGAACCUUCUUUUCUUUGUUGCUUCAAAAAAGAAGUCAGUGUUUGCUAGCUGCUCUUGAUGUGAUGUCUGUUUUUAUUCAGACUGAGGCAUGAUAGGGAUGUAAGUAAAAUAUGAGUAGGUUUCUUAGCAUAAAUAGCCUUAAGUUCCAUUGAUUCUUUCUGAAUUGUAUAUUAUGCAAAGUAAAGGUUUGUGUGUGCAUGCGUGUGUGUGAAUUGAACAAGAAAUGAUUAGCCAAUUUUUCCCUCUUCUUCUGGCAGAUUUUUUAAAAUUGCAUGAUGUGUGAUGAGUUGGAGAUUCUGAACAGGGAGAUUGAGAGGUUAUUACAAAGCAGCAUCGUGGAAAGAAGCUCUUUAAGCUCAGAAUCUCUUCAGACAUCAACCUCUGAUUCCUGGGAUGUAGUUACUGCUUCAAGCAGUGGACCACAAGGCAGUUUAGUGAAGGCAGCUGUUUCGAGUGGAGCAUUGCUGGUUUCAGAGUCUUCAGGAUGGCAUCCAGAUGACCAUUACUCUUCUGGCUUCUCCAGAAUAGCAUCUGUUGUUGGGAUUAUGCUGAAUGACUCUGAUUUACUUCUGCCCUCCUGUGAUUCCUUUGGCUUAAGUGGACAGGAAGAACUAAUUCCAGCAACCUCUAAUGCUGUGUCAGAGGUGACUUUUUGGAACAGUAAUAUCAGUACUAUGGAAGAAGAUAAUUUGGAAUCUGUGACACUGGAAUCUCAGUCUAACAUGGAAAAUUCUUCUCUUGCUGCAGAUGACAAAGAUGAACAAAGCAAUGAGGAUGAACAAAAAACUGUGAAACCCACUAGCAAGGAGUUCAGGAAAACGUGGGGGUUUCGUAGAACUACCAUUGCAAAGCGAGAAGGCUUAGGGGAUGCCGAGAUGGACAUUGCUGAACAAGCAUCUCCUCAGCAGCAAAACCUGGCUCCUCGCCGUAGUGGACGACAGCCCAAGCGUACUGAACGGGUGGAAGAAUUUCUCACAACCGUGAGGCGCAGAGGGCGGAAGAAUCUUCCCGCCACUCUUGAGGACUUCAAUGAGCCCGCUUCUUGCCAUGUGACCGAUGUCGAAACUGCUUCUGAAGGCAGUGUAGACAGUAUGCCUGAUAUAAAAAACGUACCUCAAAAGAACCGUUCUAAUGACAGCAAAGGCCAGCUGGCUCGAAAAGGUAGAAGCGCGAAAGAGCACGAUGAGGAAGACGAUGAGGAAAAUACCUCUGAUACCGAUAGCGAUGGGUUAACUUUGAAAGAGUUGCAGAACCGUCUGAGAAAGAAACAGGUUGAAGAGAAACCCUCGGAGCUGACGCUGAAAGAGAUGCAGAAUCAACUCAGGAAGAAACAUCAAGAACAGAUUCCUGCUGAGGCAGCAGAUAUCCAGACCAGCAGCCAAAUUAAGCAUGAAAUGACUGUAAAGCAAGAACCAGGAGCUACAGAUAAUGCUGAGGCUGGAGAACAAGGGCCUGUCUCCAAGGAAACCAGUGAAGCAGGUCAGAUUAAGAAAGAAAUAAAAUGUGCUUCACAGAUCAUCGAUGAACUUGAAGAAUGCACAAAGGGCAAAUCGGAAGCAGAAGUAUACGACCCCAGUACGCUUUACUGCAUCUGUCAACAGCCUCACAACAACAGGUUUAUGAUUUGUUGUGAUAGAUGUGAGGAAUGGUUUCACGGGAAUUGUGUAGGUAUUUCAGAGGCCCGUGGGCGCCUACUGGAAAGAAAUGGAGAAGACUAUAUCUGCCCAAACUGCACCAUUUUGCAAGUGCAAGAUGAAAUAGUUACGGAAACAGAUCGACAGGGAACUCUGCUGGGACAGGUAACAGGUGAUGGCACAGAGUUCACCAGCAUAGGAACUAUUGAACAAAAGUCCAUUGAGGAUCAAGGCAUCAAGGGUCGUAUUGAGAAAGCUGCAAAUCCAAGUGGAAAGAAAAAACUCAAAAUAUUUCAGCCUGUGGUUGAAGAUCCCGAAGCAGCCAAUUGCAUUGGCCCAGGAUGCUGUAAGGUGGCUCAGACAGGUUCAGUAUACUGUGGGAACGAGUGCAUCCUUAAGCAUGCUGCUGCGACCAUGAAAUUCCUCAGUGAAGGCAAAGAACAAAAACCCAAAGAGAAAACCAGGCCCAAGCCUGCUCUGAUAAAACCUCAGACUAUGGCGGGUACCAAACCUUUGUCCAUGCAGAAGAGGCCAGUUGCUGAGAAGAGAGAGAUGAUCAUGAAGAAAACACCAGUGGCCAUUAUUAAGACAGAAGCGAACGCUCAGACAGUUGCUAAAGAGCCAACCCCAGAGAGCAGCACGCCAUCCUGGGCCAGCGAUCAUAAUUAUAAUGCAGUAAAGCCAGAACAGACUCCUGCCAUUUCACCAGCACUGUUAUUCAAAUCACAUAAAGAAGAGCGGAAGGUUGAGGAUAAACCAGGAGAGCCUCCUGCGAUGCUGAAGAAAACGGUUGGACCGACGUCGGUGGUUGAGAAACACGGGUCUUCCCAAACAAGAAGUGUGCCCCUGAAGAAGCCCUCGCCGUUUGCCAGUACUUCACUGGUCAAGACCCCGGUGAAACACUCGGCCGCAAGUUUUAAAGGGGUCAUACCCAAGAAGUCUUCGCUUGCGACGGGUCCUCCUCCUUCAGGCGGCCUUUCAUCCUUAAAGCCAUCUUUGUCCUCCUAUGGAGCCUCUUCCAUGGCUAAAAAAACAGUCCCCCCCUCUAGCACAGUGGCAGGGCUUAGGAGACCCGCCAUGUAUUCCGCUUCUUCUUCAGCCACCUCAUUCCCUCCACAAGCCAAGCCAGCUGCUGCAAGCGCCAGCCAGUCGCAGCCCAAUUCUCAGAUUCGACAAAACAUACGGAGGUCUCUUAAAGAAAUUUUGUGGAAAAGAGUAAAUGACAGUGAUGACUUGGUCAUGACAGAAAACGAAGUGGGGAAGAUUGCACUGAAUAUUGAAAAGGAGUUGUUCAAUUUAUUCCAGGCUACAGAUAAUCGAUAUAAGAGUAAAUAUCGCAGUAUUAUGUUCAACCUCAAGGACCCCAAAAACCAGGGUCUUUUCCACCGUGUUCUUCGAGAAGAUAUUCCUUUGUCAAGGCUUGUAAGAAUGAAACCUGAAGAACUCGUAUCUAAAGAGCUGUCAUCGUGGAAAGAAAAACCAGCCAAAUCAAUAAUGGCAUCUAGGCGUAAAACCUUUGAAAAUAAAAAAAUGGCUGUGAAACAAGAACCUAUCCCAGAUAUUAACAUGGAAGAUUCCCCGCCAGUGUCUGAUUCUGAUGAGCAGCAAGAAUCUGAUCGAGCAGCACCUGAGAAGAGCAGUGCUCCUGUUUUGGAUGUUUUCAGCAGUAUGUUGCAGGACACCACAAGUCAGCAUCGUGCCCACCUUUUUGAUCUGAACUGCAAAAUUUGCACAGGUCAGAUUUCUGCCUCUGAUGAAGAAUCGACUUCAAAAAAACCCAAACCAUCAGCUGCUAAGAAGACAGAACCAAAGUCAGAAACUAAGUCCAAACCGGAAAGCUCAACACCAGCAGAUGAUAUGGAGGUGGUAAAAGAGGAAGAUCUGGAGAGUGUCCCAAAAGCCAUUGUUGAACGUGCGACUGAGACAAUGGCCCAGCCAAGUUUGGAAAGAACUUACAUUCCUUUAUCUCAAGUGCAAAACAACUCAGAAUCUUCUCUGUCCACGGAGAAUUCAGCCUAUCCCACACUCUACACUGCUGGGGUCAUCACAACAGUGACUGUUUCUGGCAAAGAUCCCCGAACGGCUGUGAGCACCUCUGCAGCUUCUGGUUCUGCAGGGAUUUCCCCAUUGCAUCCCACUUCCACUCCUGACAAAGGUUCUGUAGCAGAGAGCAAGCCAGAAAUAUUAAGACCUGUUUUAUCAGCUCCAAAGUCCAUUUUAACAAAACCAUCUUCAUCAGAACCAAGAUACUUGGCAGGUCCAUCAUCUUUAAAUGUCAGUAUGUCAGAGAUUUGGUCCCCUCCAGAAGGAGAUACAUCCCUGUUUCUUUCUCGCGUGAAUACCAUUUGGAAAGGCUUUAUCAACAUGCAAAGUGUGGCUAAAUUUGUCACCAAAGCUUAUCCAGUCUCCGGGUGCUUUGAUUAUCUCAGUGAGGAUUUACCAGACACAAUUCAUAUUGGAGGGAGGAUCUCACCAAAAACAGUGUGGGAUUAUAUUGGCAAACUUAAAUCCUCUGUAUCAAAGGAAUUGUGUUUAAUUCGUUUCCAUCCAGCAACAGAAGAGGAGGAAGCUGCCUACAUCUCUCUCUACUCCUAUUUUAGCAGCCGAUGCCGCUUUGGAGUUGUAGCUAAUAACAACAGGCAUGUCAAGGACCUGUAUUUGAUCCCCCUCAGGGCUAAGGAUCCCAUUCCAUCCAAACUUUUGCCUUUUGAGGGACCAGGUAAGCAAUAAAUUAUAGGAAACACGACAUACCUUCAGUUCCCAACUUAACAACUACCAGUAUUAAUCAGAUAGGACACGCUGCAUUCAUUUAUUUAGCAUAUUCACCCAUCUCAAAAAUAUAACUCUAGAUGGCGUACAAACAUAACAACAGUUAAAACUACAUAACAACAUAUUUUUUCUUAGUACAAAGUGUGUGUGUGUGUGUGUCUACAAUUUGUUUUCCUAAACUACAAGGUUUUUCUUUCUCUUUAAACAGUUGUAGACAUAUUUAGCCAUGUUUUACAACACUGAUACACAACAUAACAUGCUUCAACUUUGAGUGGAAUCUUCCUAGCAGUUUAUACAAUGAAAUUCAGGUUGAACGGUAGAAUCUGCUUAUCCGUUUUUGAGUGGCAUUUUAUAUAAACAGGUAUGUUCUGAGUAGGCUUGAUCUCUCACGUCCCAAAUCUUACAAGAUCUCUAGAUUUGGGUACAAAAGUUUCCAAGUGAAAUAAAGGAAGAGGAAAGCUCCAAAGUUUUAAAGUUGCAAAUGAGGCAUAACACCAAGUGCCUAAUUUGCCCUGUGACAUCACCUCAGUCACGCCAUUGAUACAUAGAUGGAAUAUUCUAAUAAAAAUAUUAGAAUCACAGCUCAUUCCUUAGUUUUGAACAUAGGUCUUAGGACUUAAUAAUAGACUUUAUUGAACAAGUAUUGAAUGUUAUCAAGUAUCCUGGAGAAAAAUCUUAGGUGGUCGCUAACAGUCGACUCUACCUUGACGGCACAUCACCAUCAUCAUUGCACAUUCUUAUGUACUUACAGAAAUUAAAAGUUAAAUAUCUAUAGUUUUCUACAUUUCUGAUCUCUGAGAGAUCAUGCAGAUGUUCUGCCCAUUCUGAAGAGAGAAUGUCUGUAUGCUACAUGUAUAAAGCAAAAUAAUUAAAUAUUUAGUAUGGCAAACGGCUUGCUCUGAAAUUCUCUGGAUCGAGAAAUGCUGGCAGACAAGAAGUGUUCUCAUUUUACCAAAGUCACUGUUCUUACUUUGGAUCUUUGAACCCCUUUCUGCAGUCUUUUUUUAAAUCACUGAAAAUGUCUAUAUAAUCAUAGUCCAGUGCUAAAUUGGCCAACCCAAAUAUCACAUGUGAAUUUUUAGCAUAAAUUCAUAAUCUUUCUACCAACCAUCAAUUUACAAUUUUGGCAAGGAGGUUUUUCUUCCAGCAGCUACUGGAUAAAGGAAAGAAAGUGAGAGGGACAUAUUGGUUCCAUGAAUCACUGGCAGGGAGCAGUCCAGUUGCAGCUUUCAGUAUUAAAAUUCUGCCCCCCUGGUUCUGGUAGAAUACCCAGUUUAAGACCAUUGGGGAAAUCUUGAAGCUGGCAAGAAAUGGGAAUACUCCUUAAACAUGGCAAAAUGCUCUGUGUUCUUGAGGAAAGAUCCAUAGCCACGGACAAAUUAUCAGCAUCUUGAUGAAUUCCGGAUAUUCUUCUGAAGAAUGCAUGUAUCCUUGGAAAACUAAUUCCUAAGAACCAUUCUAAAUCAAAUAAAUAACUUGGUGGCCAAAACAAUCGGGUCUAAAAAUACAGCCUGUGCAACAGAUUGCCUUGUUAUAAAUAUUUCACUUAAAUUCCGGCGAAAAGGAAGCUAUGAUGCAUUCUCUAAUGGGUCUCUGGCAACUUGAAAGGCAGGUCAGAAAUCACCGUAAUUAUCCUUGCUCCAGAAAAUAUACAUAAGAAUUCUUGGCAUAACAACUUGGAAGAGCUGUGAAGUAAUGAUUCCAUAUCCAAUGAGUAGAAUGAUCCAACAGGGAGAGAAUUUUACUUAGCACCAAUCAUUGGAUCUGUCCCACAGGAGCAGAUCCCAGCAUUGGGAUGGUUACAACAUUUACUCAGGUGCGUUGUGCAAGUGUGAACGUUUCUCGGGUUUAUUAUGUUUUUGCCUUAGGUCAUUGAUGGCGAACCUUUUAGAGACCAAGUGCCCAUACCGCAACCCAAAACCCACAUUUAUCGCAAAGUGCCAGGGCCUCAUCAGCAUUGUAGUGCCCUCGGGGGUGGGGAGGGAGGUGCCUCUGAGUGCCGCCUCUGACACACAAAUAUCAGGGUCGCAAAAAUGGGCUACCUUGCUGCAUGGCACAAAAAAUGGCCACCACCGCAUCGCGGGGUACAGAUAAAAGGCACUGCACCACAUAAGAACGAGCCAGGGCUAGUGCGUAUCACGCAGACACUAGCCCUGCCCCAUUUGCAGCAGGUGUUUGCUCGCGGCCCCAUGCAUGCAUGUAAAAUGCUUCCCUCUCCCUUUUCUUCCAGUCCACCAAUCAACAAUGGUUGGUGACCUCUGCUCUACCAUCUCUACUCAAGCUUGCUAGUCGGCCGUUUUGCCUCCUUUGAGCUGGGCAAGGCUCCUGCUCCGGGCGGCGGGGGCAGCCUGAUGGACCUGCUGCUGGUGGCGGUAGCGCCCAUGCCAACAGAGAGGGCUCUGAGUGCCACCUCUGGCAUGCGUGCCAUAGGUUCGCUACCACUGCCUUAGGUAGUCAAACAUUACAUUUUUUUUGCACAUAUAAAGUCACUUUGUUCUCUGCACAGUUUUUUUUUAAUGUUGAUUGGUUGCUUUGCCAUCCUAGAAUAUUCCAAAUUUUAUGGAUUGUUCAACCAGUACACAUUUCAAUGUACUUCUGAGGAUGAAAUGAUGGUACUCUUUAAAAUAAAUUCUCAACUCUUAUGCAAGUAUAUUGGCAAUCACAACAUCACAUUUGUAGCUGUCAGUCUAGUUAAGAGAUGGGAAUUCUAAUACAGGCCAGGACCAGGAAAUUCUCAAAACACACUUUCUCAAAAGGAAACACUGAACAGUAUUUGUAUACCUGUAAUUUUGAUGAAGACUAUGAUUAGCUAGAGUAUUUUCACCGAAUGAAUUGUCUUAGUUCUUUGUCGUAUGGAUGAAUGUGUAGAAAGAUGUAAAAUCAUAAAUGUUCCCCAGCCCCAAAAAUGAAAUACUGCUUUCAUUAUAUAAUCUCAAUAAAAGUGUUUUAUACAAA